ACCUCGGUGGCUUACUUAGCUUGCCCUGCUCUUCCUCGCUGAAACGCGUUACCGUCAUGAAUUCUGGGGUUAGGGGCAAGAGUUGCUUAGCAGCAGGCUUGCUGCAGCACCAGGUGGCCAUCGUCACCGGUGGGGGCACGGGCAUCGGGAAGGCCAUCGUGAACGAGCUCCUUCAUCUGGGAUGUAAUGUGGUCAUUGCGUCCCGUAAGUUUGAUAGGUUAAAAUCUGCUGCAGAUGAACUGAAUGCCAAUCUGCCUCCUACCAUCCAGGCUCAAGUUACUCCCAUAAAAUGUAACAUCCGUAAUGAAGAGGAGGUAAAUAAUUUGGUCAAAUCCACCUUAGAUAUUUAUGGUAAGAUCAAUUUCUUAGUAAAUAACGGAGGAGGCCAGUUCUUCACUCCUGCAGAAAAAAUCAGUUCAAAGGGGUGGAAUGCUGUGAUUGAAACCAACCUGACGGGCACCUUCUACAUGUGCAAAGCAGUUUACAACUCAUGGAUGAAAAAACAUGGAGGAUCUAUUGUCAAUAUCAUAGUACUUACUAAAAAUGGAUUUCCAGGAGCUGCGCAUAGCGGAGCUGCCAGAGAAGGUGUUUACAACCUCACCAAGUCCUUAGCUGUGGAAUGGGCCAGCAGUGGAGUAAGGAUCAAUAGUGUUGCCCCUAUCUCCUCCUUGGUAUGCUUCCUGCUGUCUCCUGCUGCUUCCUUUGUCACCGGACAGCUGGUGUAUGUGGAUGGGGGCCAGUCUCUGUACGCACAGUUAUUUGAGGUACCAGGUGAGUGGUCAGGAAAUGAGUCUGUCCCUCACUUUGUGGCUUCUCCUGUUCAGGUUUUCACAAUUCCUCUAGGUCCUUAAGAGAUAAGGGUUUUUUUUUUUCCUUGUAGAACAUCAAAAAAAAUGUACAAAAUAUUUAUAGUCAUCAUAUGAUUUUUAAAGGCAAUAUUCCUAGUGCAGAAAAUAUCUAAAUAUCUUUAUUAUAGCACACAGGUUUACCUAUUUAAAAAGUUGUUUGCGUGUGCAUGGGCUAGUGGAAUUUUAACCUUGAAAAAAUAUUCUCAGUGUGAGUAUAUAUGUACAAGAAAGAGACAAGAACAGAGGCGGGAAGAUGCCAUACUUUUGAUAUUUAACUUCUCUUUGUUUAUCCAGUUAGUGGCUUGUGUAUAUGAGGGGGAGAAUCAGACCUGUUAGGUGGGGAGAGGUGAUAUGGUGCUAUUUUACAGUAUCUUCGGGAUUGAGGGAAACCAUAGGAAUUUGCUGCAUUCAUUCAUUUUUGAUGUACAAAACAGUUUUAUAUAUCUCAAUCUAAUGUAGAUAUUGCAUGCAAAUGUGUGUGUGUGUAUCAUAUGACUAGACCAUCAAGCUUUGGAGUUAAAAGGAUCCUAAAAAAUUAGUCAAGUAUCGCAGUUUCAUUAUACAUGACAAAACACAUCCAUGGAACCAAGGUAUGUCCAAGCUAAUCACUCCCAAAAUGUAGAAAAGGAUAUGAAAUUCAAAUGUGUCCAAACUGUUGCCAAAGAUAGUUGAUUAAAUGACUACUAGCGAAUUAAAGGGCUUCGCUGGUCCUUUAAAGUGAUAAAGAUAUCUGUGAUCAGUGCAGGAGACACAGGAGACAUGGGUUCAAUCCCUGGUUCAGGAA